AAGGAUUUGAUUAACCCAUAAGGAAAAAACUGAAAAAAGAUAUUUCUUGAGUGUUCCUGACAUAUAGAAAUGUCCGUUUAUUAAGUGGAAAGAAGCAACAGGAAAGAUGGGUCACUCAUUUACUUUUUAAAACCAUUCAAUUAUUUGUUAUAAUCUCGGAAACUCAUUCAAACGGGAGGAGGAAAUUACCCCCAAAAAAAAAAAAAAAUGCAAUCAUUAUCUCUGCUUUCCGUUUCUGUGGUCAUUGUUUUGGCAGUAAGCUACAGUGAUGCCUUCACCAGAAACGAUUUUCCAAAGGAUUUCCUCUUCGGAGCUGCCACUUCUGCUUAUCAGUGGGAAGGAGCUGUUGAUGAAGACGGAAGGACUCCAAGCGUCUGGGAUACUUUCUCCCACUCUGAUAACAAAAAAGGCGAUGGAGAUAUAGCUUGUGAUGGGUAUCACAAAUACCAGGAAGAUGUUAAGCUGAUGGCAGAAAUGGGUUUAGAAGCAUUCAGAUUCUCUAUCUCAUGGACGAGGCUCAUACCUAAUGGAAGAGGACCCGUUAACCCAAAAGGUUUAAAAUUUUACAAGAACCUCAUAAAAGAACUACGUAGCCAUGGAAUCGAACCACACGUUACACUUUACCACUAUGAUCUUCCUCAGGCUCUUGAAGAUGAGUAUGGAGGAUGGAUCAACCGCAAAAUCAUAGAAGACUUCACUUCUUUUGCAGAUGUAUGCUUCAGAGAGUUUGGGGAGGAUGUGAAGUUAUGGACUACAAUCAACGAAGCUAACAUAUUCGCCAUUGGUGCUUAUAGCGAGGGAUUUUUGCCGCCUGGACAUUGUUCUACUAACACAUUCGUCAAUUGCUCAACUGGAAAUUCUUCUACUGAACCAUAUAUUGCAGGCCAUAACUUAUUGCUAGCUCAUGCCUCUGCUUCAAAAUUGUAUAGACUCAAGUACAAGAGUAAGCAGAGAGGAUCCAUAGGCUUUAGCAUAUAUGCAUACGGGUUAUCUCCUUAUACAAACUCCACGGAUGAUGAAAUCGCCUUUCAGAGAGCUAAAGAUUUCCUCUUUGGCUGGAUGCUGAAGCCUUUGGUAUAUGGGGAGUAUCCGGAUGUAAUGAAGAAAACCUUGGGAUCGAGGUUACCGGUUUUCUCAGAGGAAGAAACAGAGCAAGUCAAAGGAUCAUCUGACUUUUUCGGGAUUAUCCACUACAUGACAGUCUAUGUCACAAACAGUAAACCCUCACCUUCCCUUCCUCCCAGCAACCGAGAGUUCUUUACAGACAUGGGCGUAGAUACGAUCUUCAUUGGGAAUUCUUCAUUCUUUGGGUGGGAUGCUAUUCCAUGGGGUUUUGAAGGUGUCUUGGAGUAUUUGAAACAGAGCUAUAACAAUCCUCCACUCUACAUUCUUGAAAAUGGUCAACUUUCAUUAUCUUUUGUCAAUCUUUGUCUGCUGGCAAACUUUCUUGUUCUUAAGAUUCUUCCAAAUUAUAUAUAUAAAAAAAAAAAAACAGGUUUACCGAUGGAACACGAUUCAGCGCUACAAGACACACCAAGAGUUGAAUAUAUUCAAGCUUACAUUGGUGCUAUGCUCAACGCCAUCAAGAAUGGAUCGGACACGAGAGGUUACUUUGUAUGGUCGAUGAUUGACUUGUACGAGUUAUUGGCUGAAUACAAGAACAGCUUUGGAUUGUACUAUGUGAAUUUCAGCGAUCCUGGUCUCAAGAGGUCUCCGAAGCUCUCAGCUUCUUGGUACUCUGGUUUUCUCAAGGGUACAGUUGAUGUUGCUUCUCAAGAUAUUACUCAGUCGCAGAGCAACUUCUCUGGCUCUUCUUCUUUGUAAUGUAGUUAUAUACAACCAAGGAUUUUGGUUCUGUAUUUUUUUUUUUAUCCUGAUUUGGUUUGAGUUCGUCUGUUUUCAAUGACAAAACUCAGUGAUUUGGCAAAUGGUUUAAUCAAAUUUGUAUUUAA